GAUAUUAUAUAAACUCAUAAUUUUACAGUCCAUUGCGAUAUCAUAAUGAAUCUUUUGCGGGGAACCUCUUUACUCUUUGUUCUUAUUCUUACCGUCCUAGUUCAGAAUGCAGUCUCACAAUCUAUCAUUGCGGGUUACGCGCCCGGCGUCAGUGGAAUGGGAUUUAUUAAUGAAAAUAACUGUUUAACUGACGAACUUCUUGGGGAUUAUUCCUUGUCAACUGCUGUCGAGUGUGCACGAACAUGUAGACCAGGAGAAUCAAAGACGUGUUACUAUAAAUUCGUAAUUGAACGUUAUCCUGUUAAUGGCCAGGCGUGCAAUUUGUGUAUGCCCAACGUUACAAAUUCUUUAUGCCCUAACUGUCAAUGCGUUCCCGGGGAUGGAACGCAGCGGAUGGCUUUGACUGUGAAUAGAAUGAUACCAGGACCAACUAUACAAGUUUGCAAAGGAGAUUACGUCGUAGUUGAUGUUCAAAAUCUGUUAAAGUCAGAUUCAAUUACGAUUCAUUGGCAUGGUAUCUUCCAACAGGAUUCUCCGCAUUACGAUGGGGUACCACAUUUGACACAGUGUCCGAUCAUGAUUCAUGACACAUUUAGAUAUCAAUUUUUUGCUAAUAAUUGGGGAACUCAUUUGUGGCAUGCUCACACAGCGACGCAAAAAUUGGACGGUGUAUUCGGAAGUUUCAUCGUACGAUCACCACCGCAAGAUGAACCCUAUAAAAAUUUGUAUGAUUUUGACCUAGCAAAUCACGUAAUCGUUAUUAACGAUUGGUUUAAAGAAGAGGCUACGAGCCGAUUUCCAGGUCGUAGAGCCGGCGUAGUUCAACAGCGUGCCGAUGCGUUCUUAAUUAACGGAAAAGGAAGAUACAUUGAUCCCAGUAACGCUACGUCAAACAUUCCCUUUGAAGUAAUCACCGUAGGUGCUAAUCAACGUUAUCGUUUUCGUUUAAUUAACUCCUUCUGUACCGCUUGCUCUGCACAAUUGACUAUCGAAGGCCAUAGUCUUACCGUUAUUGCUUCCGAUGGUCAACCUAUGCAACCUGUCGUUGUUGAUUCUAUAGUUUCUCUAGCUGGAGAACGAUACGACUUUGUCAUUAAUACUAAUCAAACACCUGGUGCCUAUUGGAUACAACUGCAUGGGUUGGAUCAUUGCCGUAUCCAACAAUUAGCUUUAUUACAAUACGAAGGAGCAUCUAUUACACCAAAGACAAAAGAACCUACUUUUGAUAAUCCUAUUCCUAAUGGCCUAGUACUGGAUAUCGCAAGUUCCGUUUGCAAUUCUACGCUCAACUAUAUUUGUGGCAAUGGAUUAAACAACGCUUUGCCAGUCGAUCCAGAUAUUUUGAAAAAAGAACCAGAUGUAAAAUUGUAUUUACCUAUAUCUAUACAGAAUUAUAAACCGGAAGAAGUGUUCGUACCUAACACAUAUAAGAACUUUCUGGUUCCAUCACCAAAAUCGAUAGUAGCCACUAUGAUAAAUAACAUAAGUUCAACUGGUCCAUCCUCCCCGCCACUCACUCAAUUGGAAGACAUACCUGCAGAUGCAUUUUGUAACGCCGAAAAUUUACCACCCCACUGCAGUCCAGGAGCUCUGUGCACGUGUAUUCACUUGAUUAAAAUUCCGUUGAACUCCACCGUAGAGAUAAUCCUGAUAGACGGGUAUGACACGGUAUCUGUACGGCAUCCCUUCCAUUUGCAUGGAUACGUAUUUUAUGUUAUGGGCUUAGGUCAACCUUUGGGUGCCACUACAAGUUCGAAUACUACGAAUAAGAUGACACUGGAAUAUUUCAAAGAACUUGAAAAGAAAAAUCAAAUAGAAAGGAAUUUCGUUUCUCCACAAGGAAAAGAUGACAUUCCUAUACCAAACAACGGAUAUGCCAUAAUUAGAUUCCGCGCAAAUAAUCCAGGAUAUUGGCUGCUCCAUUGUCAUCAAAUUUUUCAUCAUCUUGCUGGUAUGGAAGUCACUUUACAAGUUGGAGAGGUAUCUGAUAUGCCAAAACCACCAGAAAAUUUCCCAAGAUGCGGCAACUUUAAACCAAAAAUACAACCAUUUACAAAAUAGUACGGAGUAGAAAAGUAAUCGAAAUUGAAAAUGAUUAAACAAGACAUGACCAUAACUAAUAGAUAUAAUGUAUAUUUCUCCUCAUUCGUUUUCGUAUGUGGUGAAGAUUCUAGCUAAGUAGUAUAAUUCGUAA